AUGGGCGGCGCUCUCGCUGCGCUCUCUCCCUGCUCAUGGGACCUGAUGCCGCGCCACCUCUGUGGCCGCUCCAUCCUCUCUGACGGCGCCAGCCCUCCGGCUGCGCCAUCUCUCUUUGGUUCGUGUGCCGCCUCGUGGGCGGCGUGGCGUGGCGGGCGGCUGUCUCUGCCGCCGCCUCGAGUGAGCCUCGUCUCGCUCUUCGUCUACUCGAGCCUCGCCUCGUCUGCCGCCUCGUGGGCGGCGUGGCGUGGCGGGCGGCCGUCUCUGCCGCCGCCUCGAGUGAGCCUCGUCUCGCUCUUCGUCUACUCGAGCCUCGUCUCGUGUGCCGCCUCUUGGGCGGCGUGGCGUGGCGGGCGGCUGUCUCUGCUGCCGCCUUGA